CAAUCUCCAGUUCUCCAGUUCUCCCCUCCCCCAGCAAAAAAAAGAAAAGAGAAAUAAUCACAAUCCUCUCCCCGAGAUCUCUCUCCCGGGCACCGAUUCGUUUUCUCAACAGUACCCAACUCUCUACUUCACUGUUCAUCGUCAACACUUUUUUCAUCAACGCGCGCGCUCUCUCUCUCUCUCCGCCAUUUUUUCUUUACUUCGAGAAACCGAAAAAAAGAGCCAAGUGAAGUCCAGUCAGUCAGUCUAUCAAGAGAGGAUUAAAAACAUGAGCAAUUUAAAUCUGGGAAUAAAAUUUGCAUAAAGAGUAAACUUGGGUUUUCAAAGACCUCUGUAAAUUCUGAGGAACAGUUAACAGAAGCUAAAAUUAUCUGUUUUUUUUUUUUUUUCCUUUGGAAAUCCCUUCAUGUUUUCUUUCUCAGAUCCAUUUUUCUUUUCCAUGAACCCUUCAAUUCCUUUUCACCCGAAUUUCAUUGGGGUUCGAAAUUUGCAUCGGUUUUAGGUUUUUUUUUUUCCUGGCUAUGGGUUUUGUGAUGCGUGCAUAGAGUUGCUCGGUCAAGACUAAAUUGUUAAGGGAUUUUGUUUAUUUUAUUUAUUUUUUUAAUCGUAUAUUGAUGGGAAGUUCUGCUGAGUGCUGCCCUAAAUCUAUUGAUGCGUCGGCGGGAGGGUUGGUUUGGGUGCGCCGGAGAAACGGGUCGUGGUGGCCGGGUCGAAUUAUGGGCCAGGAAGAAUUGCUAGAGAGCAGUACGGCUUCACCGAGGGCAGGGACUCCGGUUAAGCUCCUAGGAAGAGACGAUGCAAGUGUGGACUGGUACAAUCUUGAGAAGUCUAAACGGGUGAAAGCUUUUCGUUGUGGGGAGUAUGAUGAAUGUAUCGAGAAAGCUAAGGCAGCUGCUGCUAAUAAUUCUAAGAAGGUAGCUAGGUAUGCACGCAGGGAAGAUGCCAUUCUUCAUGCUCUUGAAAUUGAAAGUGCUAGCCUAGGAAAUUCAAGAAUAGAUAAAGAAGAUGGAAUACAACAUCUUAUUGAAGAGCCACCUAUUUCACCCCAUCCCCAUCAAGAAAGUGAAAAUGUGAACAAGGAUGGUAACAGUUCUGAAGAGUAUUCAAGUUCAGAUCCAGAAUUGUCUGAAUCUGAUCCCUCCUUUGAAGAGGCAAACGCUAUUAGUGCUUUUAAAGAACAAUCUGUACCAGACGAUAAACAUCAAAUCCUAAAUGAUUCAGAGGAUGAUGGAACUCAAGGAGCUAAGCGUAUGAGAGGUCUUGAUGACCUGGGGACAGGGGCGGUGCAAUCAUCGAAGAGAAAGAGAUCUCAAAUGGCACAUGUUCGUGAAUUUCUAAAAAAGAAAAGCCGUCGCCGUCGCUUGAUGAAAGUUUUGGAGACUACAGCCAUGGUGUCUGUUCCUGUUGUCUGUGAAGACAUUCCCAGUCCAAAUGGAUCUGAUAUUGUUGGAACCUCUGGUAGCAAGGCAAUGCUAAUUAACAGUAAAUCUGAUGAUGCAGGAGUUUUAUGUGAGAAUGGAACAUCGAUUAAUGCAUCCAAGGAUACUUGUGCUUCUUCCUCUGCUAACUGCAAGCUGAAGGAGAAUGCAAUUCCCAGCAUUUCAGGGUCACCUGAAAAUGGUGUUUUAGACAGCCUAUUUGAUGUUCCAUUUGUGACAGAAGAAAAAAAUUCUGCAGGCUUGUCCCCGAUUGUAUCUUUAGCAUCUCAGAUUGGUGCUGGAGAAAAAUCCAGCCAAAACGGUCAAGUCGGAACCAUGUCAUUAGGGAAUGAUGAGUUUAAUGAGUCAGGAUCUAGAAGUUCGGGUAAUACAGAGAUCCAUGAUGUUAGCCAGAGGCUAGAGAAGGGGACUUCGAAAUGGCAGUCAAAAGGAAAGAGAAACUCCAGGCACUCGCGUCAAUCUAAAAAAUGUGAUUCAGGGAAACCCGUGGGCACGAAUGAUAAAUCUGAUUCAUGCUUGGCGGCAGUUUCAGAAUUUCAGUUGGAUGAGUUUCGAGGUUGGAGCAGGAACAUCAUCUCUCACGGAGAAACUCCCACGAAGGGACGAACAACCGAGGUGUUGAAUCCUCAGAGGUUACUGCCUUAUCGUCAGUCUCGUUUCACAGUGAACCCCAAGUACGAGUCAUCAGAUUUCCCUCUCAGGCACCACAAACCCCCCGAGUCCUUGCUCUACAAUGUCAAUCUGGAAGUGAAAUCUAGCUAUCGCCCACAACACGUUCCUUACAUUUCUUUAGUGAGCAAACUAAACGGCCGACCAAUCACCGGCCACCCAGUCACAGUUGAGGUAUUAGACGACGGGUUCUGUUCUCAACUGCUAUUGAGUACUUCCGAAUGCUAUAGCAGCAGUUAUGAUAACACCAACGCUGAGGAUAUGGUCAAUGGAACCAGACCGAGUUCUUGUGGCAAGGUUCCUACUAAGCAUCCUCCUCGCACUUCACCCUCCAAGUCAUCAAAAUCAAAGAAAAGCACUGCACUCUCAAAGAAGAUGAGGAAAUUGUCUUCGUUAACCGGUUCUCACAAGCAAAGUCAAGAGAAGAAACGCUCGGUACAGAAACUUAUAGGCCCUGUGGUGGCUUGCGUCCCCUUGAAGGUAGUGUUCAGUAGAAUUAAUGAAGCGGUACGAGCAGGCCACCGCAUUACUGGAACCAGCAAUGGUUGAAAUCAUCUUUUCCAGGCCAGACAUUUGGUUAUAGAGAAUUUUGUUAUCUUAGUUUUCAUCAUAUCAUACUUGGUUUCUGGCAUCAAGGUAUAAUCCUCUGGAAAAAUAGAGGAAAUGAAAUCCAACCCAGAUGCUACCUUGCUGGUUGGUAUACAUAAACUGUAACAUUAUUUGAGUUGUAAAGAAUGAUGGUCCCUCAAAAGACCUUAUAGUUCAGUUCAGUGCCAAAAGUUUGAGGUUUCAUGUUUGAUUUUUGUUCC